UUCUCAGCGCUGCUCGUUUCUACGCAGUUUGUACGCUGUGGGGAUUUAAUGGAAAUUUCCACUACUUUUGAAUGAUCAAAAACACUUAUCUAAAUUAAUUUAAGCCUAUAUAUCGCUCUCUAUACGGGAUCCGGAUACUUCGAGGUGGAAAUAGAUUGGUGUAAUCUGCGUUCGUACAGCCACACUUUGAGUGUGUAACUCUGCUCUUCAUCAGUGACUCAUAACAGAGGAGUAAUUGUCGUCAGAAACAAUCACUAAACUAUCUGUGAUGGAGUAUCACAGUGUGGGGCCCGGAGGUGUGAUGGUCUCGGGUAGUAAUGUACCUGCGUUUCUGACCAAACUCUGGACGCUGGUGGAGGAUCCGGACACAGACCCGUUAAUCUGCUGGAGUCCUAGCGGCAACAGCUUUCAUGUGUUCGACCAGAGCAGGUUUUCCAAAGAGGUUCUGCCGAAAUAUUUUAAGCACAAUAACAUGGCCAGUUUUGUUCGCCAGCUCAAUAUGUAUGGUUUUCGGAAAGUUGUCCAUAUCGAGCAGGGUGGGCUGGUAAAACCAGAGAAAGAUGACACAGAAUUCCAGCAUCCAUAUUUCAUCCGCGGACAGGAGCAUCUGCUGGAGAACAUCAAGAGGAAAGUCACAACGGUGUCAAAUAUUAAACACGAGGACUUGAACACUGAAGAAAUGUCUAAAAUGAUCACAGAUGUCCAGCUCAUAAAGGGCAAGCAGGAGUCAAUGGACUCCAAAAUCAGCACCCUCAAACAUGAGAAUGAGGCGCUCUGGAGGGAAGUUGCCACUUUGAGACAGAAACAUGCUCAACAGCAGAAAGUCGUCAAUAAGCUCAUUCAAUUCUUGAUCACACUGGCGCGGUCCAACAGAGUCCUGGGAGUGAAACGAAAGAUGCCCCUGAUGUUGAAUGAUGGCAGCUCCACACACUCCAUGCCCAAAUACUCUCGGCAGUACUCGCUCGAGUCGUCUCCCGCUCUCUCUCCCUCCUCUACAGCUUUCACAGGAACGGGUGUCUUCACCUCAGAAUCGCCUGUCAAGACAGGGCCAAUCAUCUCUGAUAUCACUGAACUGGCGCAGUCCAACCCUGUGGCCACAGAGGAGUGGGUCGAAGACAGAACAAGCCCCUUGGUCCACAUCAAGGAAGAGCCAUCUAGCCCCGCCCACAGUCCUGAGGUGGAGGAGCUGUGUCCUGUUGAAGUGGAAGUGGAGGCGGUAUCAGGUGUACCUGUGGACACGCCCCUUUCCCCCACAACCUUCAUCAACUCCAUCCUCCAGGAGAGUGAGCCCGUCACUGCCCCGACCCCGCCUCCCAACGACCAGAAGUGUCUGAGUGUGGCCUGCUUGGACAAUUAUCCUCAGAUGUCUGAGAUCUCUCGCCUUUUCUCCGGCUUCUCCACCUCGUCUCUACACCUCAGACCUCAUAAUGGGACAGAACUAAGUGAUCAUCUAGAGACCAUUGACUCUGGAUUAGAAAACCUUCAGCAGAUCCUCAAUGCUCAGUCCAUUAACUUCGACACCUCGCCUUUCUUUGAUAUUUUCACAUCAUCUUCAGCUGAUGUGGAUCUGGACAGCCUGGCUAUUAUCCAGGACCUUCUGUCACCUGAACCUGUGAAAGAAACUGAAUCUGGUGCGGACAGUGGAGAUUCAGGCAAGCAGCUGGUCCAGUACACGUCCCAGCCCGUGAUUCUUCCUGACCCUGUCAGCACUGAAAGCACUGGCACCGACCUGCCCAUCCUCCUGGAGCUGGAGGGUGACUCGUAUUUCGGGUCAGAACCAGCUGAAGACCUGACCAUCUCUCUUCUUAAUUUCCAGUCCCCCGUUCCUGAGGACCCCAAACUGUCAUAGAGAGAGCAGCUUUUAUAAAGGGAUGUAUGUCCGUGUGGGUUUUUUAAAAAUGUAUUCUCUUCAUUUGUUUUUAUUUUUGGUCAUUUAACAUGUCAGGGCUAGCAAUUAGAUUGUUACUCUGGUAUUUCCCUUCACGUUUAAUCUGGGAAAAAUCACUAAAAAACAGUAGAGAGAAUUCAGUAUUCCUUCAAAACCCUCCGUCAUGGAGUUGAAACAUCAAAAUGAGCUUUUAUUUGUUGGUUUGGUAGUUUCUGGCAGUGAGAAAACCUCAAACUAAAUGUGUAAUGCUACAGAUGUAAAUCUAAAUUUAUCGCCCAUGCUUUGUGUGCUUAUCUUUUAUUUAUCUGGAUUGGAUUUGCAUCUAUGCUAAGCGAUUCUCUUGCAGUCUGUCACCACUGCGGAACUUCAAAAACCUCAAGUCUGGCUUGUUGUACGUGCAUUUUUCUGCUAUUUGGUUGUUAUUAUUUGAUCUAAUUAUGAUGCGAUGACCCCCAGAUUGUUAUAUUCGGCACCUAGGUCUCAUAAGUAUGCCAAAUAUUCAUCUUCCGGAAUAUUUUCUUUGCAGUAUAUAUUGAAAUGCUGGUUAAAGCAAAAAAAAACAUAAUAUAACAUACCUUUUAUAGCCAGAAAAUGCAGUCGGUUUAAUUGGACAAACAUGAAACAAGCAUCAAAAAUCAAUGUUGCGUAAACUUGUCCAGCAUCCCACUAGCUGUCUUCAAAGCCAUAGCUGUUACUCAUCAUAUAAUGUCUGAUCUUGGUUGGUGAUGAUGGGUAUGUAUUCUGACAAUGUCAGUUUAAGGUGCGUAUUUAGAGAUUUUAAUGAAACGUUUUUGUACUAAAAUCAUAUAUAUUUUUUUGCUGUUGAAAGUUCUAAUAAGCAGGACAGCCAAUGAUGCUGUAUAUAGGACAUACGUUUGAAUAUAUAAAUAGUUUAGAGUCUGCGUUUGUUGUGAUGAAACAAAUUCAUUUCAGACUUUGAAAACACGUUCAACAGGGCUGAAUUACACAAUAAGUGUAUUAUAGAUUUAUGCAUUGAUAAGAGGUGUAUCGGAUGAUCUGAUUUGAAGAAUUUGUGCAAUAAUUCAACACUUAACCAACUUUCACAGCAACACACACUGCUUUCUUUUAAUCCGUUUUUUCUUCCUUUUUUCCUUUGUUUUUGUUUGCUUAGCAAAAGGAACUAGAAAAUAUAAUAGGCGAAUCUUAUGAACCUUUUUGUGAGAUUCACGUGCAAAUUGGAUACCAAAAUAACGAAUUGAAAUGGAAUUUUUUUUUUUUUGGUGCGAUGUGUACACAUGCUGUUCUCUAUAGACUUCCCAUCGUUCAACACUUGUUUAUUUUUGGAUGGUCAGACAGCGCGGUAAAGGAACCGGGAGAUGAAUGUCACUUGUUGAUGAUUCUGAUCAUUUUCAGUCACAUUUUAGUCAGUGGGUGACUGUCAUAGCCAGAGAGACAUUAAUAUUAGGCAUAAAUUAUUUUAUUACGCAUGUGAACAACACUUUGUGUAUUGAUAUGUUUCAAAUAAAA